UACGGCAUAAUGAAGUCAUUAGGUGUUUUUUUUUAUGACCUAAUGGCAUAUUUCAAUGUGUCCAACAGCAGAGUGUCCUGGAUAUUAUCUAUCUCUGCAUUUGUAAUGAUGUUUACAGCAAAACAGGUUUCAGCUAGUGCCUGCUAAACAUUCUCUUACUCCACUUCGGCUCAAGAAUUUAGGUCACGAAAGAAUCUGCUGAAUCCAGUUUAAAGUGAAACGUUAACAAACGUCAACACUACCAGACAAAGAGAAGACUGAACAGCACUUCUGUGUACCAGUACAGUACCUAAUGAACCACAUGCAAACUAGGAAAAAUCAAGAACAGUAUAAAAUUCAUUGCAGUAAUUCUGACAGCUGAAAUCAUAAAAUGGAAGUCAGGGUUGAGUUUAUUGUAAGUUCUAAUCCUUAAUUUUAUUAAUCGAUGGACAGUGCAGCAAUCAGGACACAAACGUAUUGCAUGGAGAUGAUGCAGUUUUUUUUAUUGUGCAGUGAUUGAUGGGGUAGAGUUUGCAAAUGUUUGGAACAACUUGAUUAUAGAGGAUUUUCACAAUCCAUGUACCUCUAUAAAAAGUUGUUUCAAAUUAUUGGGAAUGCGAGAGACAGGAAGAAAGAAACAAUGUCUUUGUUUUAAAAAUGGAUCAUGUUGAACAGAAUUGAAGGAUGUUUGUAGAUUUAGUUUUGUGUAUUUUGUUUAGAUCCUUGGAGAGUUUAGGAGGAAGUUUAGACUGAAGAAUCUCGACUUUUGCUAUGAUGAAUCUGGGUGGCAUGUCAGGAGACCAACUAACUCUGGUGAUGCUGGAAAGACCACCCCCUGCACGUUUCCCUUCCGUCUCUCUUCCACACCCUGUUCUCCCCAACCCCACUCCCACACACCACCUCUGCUUCCUCUCCCACGCCCCACCAAUUCACCACCACCUUAACAAUGCAUUAGCCAAAACUGGAAAAUAUCAGUUGACAUUGCUAUUCGUGUUUGGCUUACUUGGAAAGGAGCACUGCAGCUAUCAAAUUACGGGCGUUCAGAGUUUUGGAUAUUGCCUAUUUUAAAAUGGUAAAAUACUGCAGUUUGUGCUCUUCUCCAAAGUCUGUAGAGAUAGGUUAAGAAAGAUACAUUGAUUUUAGAAGCAAAGAAAUAAAAGACAAUUGCUUUUAAUUGUCUUUCUUUGCUUACUAUUACAAGAUGUGCUAGUAUUGUAAUUGAUGUAUAAUUUUCACAUUAGAAGGGACAAGUAGGCAGGAAACUUGGACUUGUGCUGUGCAAUAUCACAAAAUCAAAAUCAAUCAACAAGUAUCGAGACCUAUUAGCAUUUUGAUUUUUAAUUUACUGCUUCUUUGCUCUAGAAAUGCUAUGUCUGUGUAUUGUUCCACCUGAGAUUCAUUGUAGAGUUUAGGGCAAUUGUAAUCUCUCUACCUGAUUAAAUACCUUUUCUUUUUAAUUUUCAUUGCUUUAGGAUCGAACAUUUUUAAAUGUCUUUUUUUUUGGGCUGUAGUCUUUGACCUGGGAUAGGAUUGUGGGGAUAGGGAGUUAAAAAACAAAAUGAUAUAUAGUGAAGAACGUGCCUAUUACUUUGCAAGUGGAAAAUUCUUUGUGUUUUUGGAUAAGCAAUAUGUGAAUGAAUGUUAACUUUGUUUCAUCACAAUUUUAAUUUUAAAUUCUGACUCCACAGUGAGUUUGGUUGUGGUGUGUGGUGGUGAGCAUGAAGCCGCAAGGCUUCUCCCCAUUAAUGUACUUUGUUUUAACAGAACCAAGUGCUUACUCACCCAAUUGUAAGAACAUUGGACUAGGAGCAGGCCAUUUAUCCUCUCCUUCCUGUUUCAACAUUAUAUUUUGUCAUGGCUGUGUAUCUUAACUCCACUUAUGUGCCAAUGUCCAUAGCCAUUGCUACACAUUUGAUAUGCUGUAAUCUGUCCACUCCUAUGCAGAUUGGUUUAAAACAAAUGUAUAUAACAUUCUGUACGCAAACUUGAUGAUAAAUCAACUAAUGUUUUUUUUCUCAUAUUUUUUUUCCACCUCAGUUAUUUUCAUUCCUUCCCUUCUUUAGGUCCACUGUGCCAUUCACUCUACUAUAGAAGAGAAGGUGGACAGGCAAUCUGCUCCCAGACCUCUAACAAUGCCGCUCUGUAACUGGCUGCUAGGAGUUGUGCGUGAGUGGACCGGGGGAGUGGUGUCCCUGUGUGUGUGAGAGAGUGAAUGUGUUUAUGUUCCUUCUUCCUGCCCUGUUGUUUAGCCCGCUCUCUCCUCGCCCAGUCUGUCCUUGCCCUUGCUUCUGCUUGUGAAUUUGUUCUGUGUGUAUUAUGAACACAAUCCUGCAUUUUACCAUUUCCAGAACUAAGGUUCCACCAACUACAAUCAAUCACAGUCUCCAAAAGACAACAAUGGAUAACAGCAAUAUUCAAAUAUACAGUAUUGCUUCAAAAUUGAUAUUAGACACCAUAAAUCUGACACAGUCACCUGGAUAAUUAGUACCAGUGAGAAAUUUUAUGUUGCUACAGAAGCAAACAAUCAGUUUUAUUCUUUAGCCCCAAGCAUAAUUUGGCACACCGUUAAUACUCCUCAAACAAUAUUUACACAGUCAACAUACAAAUUGGCAUGUUUGAUGACCAUCUGAAACAGUAGUGAUAAUCUAACUGCAAAAAACUUAAGUUAAAAAAUAUUUUUGCUUACUGUAGCUUCUACUUUAUUCUGAGGCUGAAUCCAAGAUUACAUUUUUUUCCAUCAUUUCAUGAAGAAUAUUAGCCUUCCAAAUAAAUUUUUUUCAAAAAGUUUAAACUUUUGUUUGGAAGCUGGAUUUCUGCAGCUACCUUAUAUUGAUUCCCCUCCCAAUCCUAACUGGGAAUAGCAGAACUUAAACCAAUAUCUGUUUUUCAGGUGCUGCCCUGGUACCCAAAGCCUCCCAAGAGGAGAGAAUGAAAUCCACUCUAUUGGGUAGUCGAAGAUAUUUUCACCCGCUUAAAAGCAGCAUUUGGGUGUUUUGUAACAUGCAAGUAAGGGGACUAAUGCCUCGUUGAGAUCCACUCCAACACUUCUUUUGAGGCAGUCCGGCCAUUAUGGUCUGAACCCAGAACCCACCUCUUACAAUAUUGUUAUUUACUGAAUGUGGAAGUUGCAAAAGUACAUGCUCACCACUGAACUCCAAACACCACUUUCCACUAUACUAAGUAACCACUUUGGUUGCCGCCCAGUAGUAAUGCUGGGUGGACUGCUCGUUAGUAUGGGAAUGAUGGCAGCAUCGUUUGCACAUUCAAUUGUAGAAAUGUACAUUGCCAUUGGAGUAGUCUCAGGCGUAGGUUUCUGCCUCAGUUUCCUUCCGACAGUCACAAUCCUCUCCCAGUACUUUGAUAAAUAUCGUUCUCUUGUUAUGGCUGUAGCAUCCACAGGAGAAUGUUUUGCAGUCUUCACUUUUGCGCACGCUUUUACAUUACUGAAGAACCAUCUUGGGUGGAAAAAUUGUCUCCUCAUCAUUGGUGCAGUGCAACUAAACAUUGUUGUGUGUGGAGCACUACUUCGGCCAAUUGUUAUCAGGAAAACUGCGAAAAAAACAGUAGAUGUGGCCAUGGAGACCAAGUACAUGUUGGAGAAUGAGGAAACAUGCAUCUCUAUAGAAUCUGUGGAUUCGGGAGUGGAAUCUUUAUCUACCUCAUGUGAUAACUUGGAACAUAGUAACAAGUGUACAACAAAUGAUGCUCUCAAAGAAAAUCUUCAAAUGCUUCCAGAUAGGAAGCUAAAAUCAGAGAAUCAACCAAAGUUGUUUGACUUUUUAAUUCUAAAAAACAAAAGCUUCAUAUUUUACGCACUUUUUGGUCUAUUUGCCAGUUUGGGAUUCUUUGCACCUCACCUCUAUGUGAUUCCCCUUAGCAUUAGCCUGGGUAUUGAUGACUGGGCAGCUUAUAUGUUGUCUGCUAUGGCAAUUACAGAGGUAUUUGGUAGGUUCUCAGCUGGCUAUGUACUAAAUAAGCAGCCCAUACGGAAGAUAUACAUUGAACUGAUCUGUGUAAGCCUACUAAGUAUUGUGUUGCUAUGCUUUCCUUUUGCGAGAUGCUUCUGGAGCCUUGUUACAUGCAGCAUGCUCUAUGGAUUCAUGUUUGGCACUGUGGCUAGUACUCACAUUCCAAUGUUAGCAGAAGAUGAUGUCGUGGGAGUUGAGAAAAUGCCAUCUGCUGUUGGAAUCUACAUCUUUAUUCAGAGCUUUUCGGGACUAGCUGGGCCACCUAUUGGAGGUUGGCUUGUGGAUAUUACGGGUCAGAAUUACGGCUCUGUGUUCUUCUUUUGUGGAAUUGGUCUGAGUUUGGGUGCGUUUUUUCUAGCAUUAGUUCGGCCAUCUAAAAAAGGGUUCUGUCGGACAAAACAGCCUCCAGUGGUUGAUCAACAGCAGACAAUACAGGAAAAUGUCAAAAGUGCGGAUGAUGUGCCAGAGGACUUCCUAGACACAGACCUGAAGAAACCAGAAAGCUUACAGGAUCAGUUUCAAAGCACUGCUUGAAUAAACAAUCACACACCACCACUGAGUGUACCUUCCGUUUCAAAGGUAUCCUGAUUUAUCCUGUCACAAUUUCCUCAACUUGCCAACAUGUUUAAUCUCCAAAUUGCCCUAUUCUCAACGACAAAAUUGCUUAUUCAUUUUGUAAAGAAGCAAAUGUUUCAUAUUUAGCUGUAUUUUUCAUUAAAUAGUAAAGUUGUACUGAAGGUGCCUAGAAAACUAAAAAAUCUGAAAGCAGGAGUACAUUUGUGUUUUCUUCUCAAGGUAAAUUAAUUAUAUGCCUUGAUGCUCUUGCUUUAUAUAGAAUGAUCACAAACAUUUGACAUGAUGACCUAAUUGUCCAAGCCACUGACCAAAUACUGUGUUCCAAAAAAAAUUUAUUUUUUGAGUCUAUUGACUACUUCUUUCCAUACUCAGACCACAAGAUGGAUCAAAGUGAAACAUUUUAAAAUGGAGCAUUUCAUUUAACCUUUGGGGGUGGGGUGAUGUAUUGGAAAGAGGAAAGGAAAUGCGCAACUCAGUUUACUAGAGGUAAUCAUUAAUGGAAAGAAAUUGUGAAUUGUGGACAAUUAAUUUAUUAUCUGCAGGAUGCAUUGGUAUGAAAACUUGAAAGCCAUUAUGGAACUAACAUACAGGUGGGGUAAAGUUCAAUCUUACAACCCAAAACAUAUACCAUAUUCCUGGGUUUUAGAGAGAUUUAAACUUACUACACAAAAGUAAAAUGUUAGUUGUAGACUUUUCAUUCUUCAAAUAGUUCCCUUUAUACCCUAAACAACUCUUGGCUCCUUAUUUUUUCUAAAGCCAGUAUUACAUCAAAAACUUGACCACUGUAACAUAUCUAGGAUACUCUUUUUAUCACUCCUUGUUAACUCCUGGAUUAGAUGCAAGAAAAGUCCUUGACCUGUAAAAACUUGGGGUGCACAAACUUUCUCCGACCAAUCCAACUUUACUUUCUUUAUCAAUUCCAUGUGCUUCUGUUAGGACUCAAAAUGCAUUUAAAGCCUUAAUUAUUGGAUCCUACAAGCACUUCUCCUUCCUUUCAUCUCCACUCAAAAGAAGUCAAGUUGACCUUUGCUGCAUUAGGGAUAGGGCCUGUGCUGUUGUCAGUUGUAUUUGGAAGCUACUGUUUACAGUGCUAAUGAUUGCACAUAUUUGAUAUUUCAGAAAAUGAGUACAUGGUGAACAAAAUUGUACCUACACUGGAAAUACUUAUGCAGAGAAUAAGAGGCUCCUUCACAUUCACUUAAUCAUCACUUUUAUAGUAUUAGGUUUCAAAAGGCAGUGGAUUUGAUACCUUUGUGGUAUUAUGAAAGCACUGCAACCAAAAAGCAAAGUAAUGUAAAUUCUGACUUUUCUUGCCAUUCAUCACACAUGUUACGCUGUGUGUGUCUGUAAAUGAAAAAGCCAAUGACAUAAAUUUGAAUUACUAUAACUUUUUCCUUAAGUCAUUUCUGAUGUAGGUUAUUCAGUUAGUUAAAUCAUAAAUGAGUGGUUCACAUCAACCACUAAAUCAUGUUCUCCCUCAUGUAAGAUUGGUGCAUGAUGCUGUAAAUAUUUGGCACUAGUUAGAAGAAUUCUGUGUGCUGUCAAUAUUGAGGUUGUAGCAUUGUAAGAUAAUGUGGAUAAGGAAUCAGCCAAAACUCUAUAGAUUUAGUUUGAAUACUAGUGAACUAAAAGAUAAAGAUCCUCUUUCAAAAGUCCUCUAGAAUGACUAACUCAGUGCAGCUGCACGUAAGUCUACACUCAAAUAACGUUAAGCAAAUCCCAUUUACACAGCUGCAGGGGGAUCUUGGCUAUCCAGCCAGUACAGGAUGAUAUACUGUCAGCAAUAGGCCAUUUUAUGGGAUCUACAAAAGUGAAGCAGACACAGAUAGGAUGUUACAUGUUCAAAAGUAAGCAUCAAUAACUACAGUGGACAACUGUCUUCCUCAGCUUUAAUAAAAAAUGCAGUUAAACUCAGUGAUGUGAACACUUUCCAAAUAACUAGACUGCAAAGUAAGUAUCAUGCAGGAAAUGUAUAAGAUUACAAAAAUAGGAUUUGACUUUUUGAAAACAAAAACAUAAUCACAGACUUUUAUUUAGGCAUGAAGACCUCAUCCUGGGGACUCCCCUUUUGCCUGGUCAUAACAUGAUGUCUUUAGAGGGCUUGCCCCAUGUACCCAGAGGUUGUUCCAUGAAAAUAAUGGGGCUUGAUUUUGAACUUUCACGAGAUAUUCUAUACAUGAAACUCAAGAGAACCGGACUAAAAUCUGUUCCAGGAUGUAUCAAAAUAUUCCCAAUAAGUGAAGACACAACAUUUUUUUAAGAUGUAGCUAUAUUCUGAGUAAAAUAAUGACUCCAGAUCUCCUUUUUCUCAGAUUCAAUUAAACUUGUUUGAUUAAUUAAAUCCUAAUUGGUUUAUUCUAGCAAUGAAAUCUGCACUGGUUAUUGAGAAAUUUAUGGCAUAGGCUUUUCUGUUUUAUUGGCAGAUAAGAAGUAACGUCAAAAUCAAAGACCUAUUUAAAUUCCCAAAAACUGGCAAUCAUUGUCAAAGUAGUGAUUGCAGGUCUCUACUUAAACAUUAAAAGGUUUAUCACUUGAGAAAGAAAAACCAGAAUGUAUGGUAGUAGUCUUAAAUGUUCUGACACUUGUUGCACUCCAGUUUUGAUACAGCGUGUUUAUAAUCCAAACUGUAUAUUUACUGUAUAAGAUAUUUCAUAUUGUAUUGAAAGUAUUCAGGUGAUACAAUGUUAAGCUUGGACGAUUUGUGAUGCAAGUUAUUAGGAUGAAACAAAUACUGGUAAUCAGCAAUCAGAAGAAUGUAACUAGGUUAUCUAAAGGAACAUUUAAACAAAACUACACCAACUUUUUUUAAAAAUCAUGAUAAAUUGCAGCAAUCUAAUUUUUGAAAUACCAGCAAAGUACGUUCAAGCAAAGUGUCAAAACUUUGGUCACUGUAACUUAUGCUUUCUAACAUUCAUUUUGUUCAGUCCCAAUAAUUUAAAAAUUGUUUAAAACAUUUUAAGAUUGCUGCAUUUCUGUAAUUUUCAAUAAAACUUAUUUUUAAAAUA